AUGGCUCAAACAGGUGAAGAUGAAGACAAGAAAAACUCUCUCCAAUAUGACGACAAGGAGCUUAGGUCUCAGUGGGCUACAGUUGAGAGAUUACCAACUUAUAAAAGGAUCACUACUGUUCUGUUUCAGACAAGUGAUGAUAAAGGGAGAGUCACUGAUGUCACUAAACUUGGCGCUGACGAAAGACACUUGUUGAUCGAAAAGCUUGUCAAGCAAAUCGAGGAAGAUAACCUCCAUUUACUCAGAAAAAUCAAGAAGAGAAUCGACGAAGUUGGUAUAGAGUUACCAAAGGUGGAAGUGAGGUUUCAUGACCUCUCUGUUGAUGCGGAAUGCGAAGUAGUUCAGGGAAGACCUAUCCCAACUCUUUGGAAUACUAUCAGAGGGAUAUUCUCUGAGCUCUUUUGUUCAAAGAAGGAAACUAAGAUAAGCAUCUUGAAAGGCGUGAGCGGUAUCGUAAAGCCUGGAAGAAUGACAUUGUUGCUUGGUCCUCCUGGUUGUGGCAAAACAACUCUGCUACAAGCACUUUCUGGAAGACUUGCCCCUUCUGUAAAGGUUGGAGGAGAAAUAAGUUACAAUGGUUGCUUACUUUCAGAGUUUAUUCCAGAGAAAACGUCGAGUUAUGUAAGUCAAAACGAUCUGCAUAUUCCAGAGAUGGGUGUGAGAGAGACGCUAGACUUCUCUGCUUGUUGCCAAGGCAUAGGAAGCCGUAUGGAAAUUAUGAAGGAGAUCAGUAGAAGGGAGAAACUCCAAGAAAUUGUUCCAGAUCCUGUUAUAGAUGCUUACAUGAAGGCAAUAUCAGUUGAAGGUUUGAAAAACAAUAUGCAAACUGACUAUAUCCUUAAGAUUCUAGGACUCGAUAUCUGUGCAGAUACACGAGUUGGAGAUGCCACAAGACCUGGAAUAUCUGGUGGCCAAAAGAGGAGGUUGACAACGGGUGAAAUCGUUGUCGGUCCAGCUACAACUCUGUUUAUGGAUGAAAUAUCGAAUGGUUUAGACAGCUCAACUACGUUCCAGAUAGUAUCAUGUCUCCAACAGCUGUCGCAUAUAGCUGAAGCCACCAUAUUGAUUUCACUUCUUCAACCUUCACCAGAAACUUUUGAGCUUUUCGACGAUGUGAUUCUUAUGGGAGAAGGAAAGAUCAUAUACCAUGCUCCACGAGCUGAUAUCUGCAGUUUCUUUGAAGAUUGUGGAUUCAAAUGUCCAGAGAGGAAAGGUGUUGCUGACUUCCUCCAAGAGGUUAUGUCUAGAAAAGAUCAAGAACAAUAUUGGUGUCACAGAGACAAGCCUUACAGUUACAUAUCUGUUGAUUCAUUCAUCAAGAAGUUUAAAGAAUCAAAUCUUGGGUUACUUGUGAAACAAGAACUCUCCAAGCCGUUUGAUAAGUCUCAGACUCGCAAGAACGGUUUAUGUUUUAGCAAAUAUUCGCUAAGUAAAUGGGAGAUGCUUAAAGCUUGCUCAAGAAGAGAGUUUCUUUUAAUGAAACGUAACUCUUUCAUUUACUUGUUCAAAUCUGGGCUCUUAGUUUUCAACGCGUUAGUCACAAUGACCGUUUUUCUACAAGCCGGAGCCAUGACAGAUGCUCGUCAUGGGAACUAUCUUAUGGGUUCUCUGUUCACUGCUCUGUUUAGACUUCUUGCUGAUGGACUUCCAGAGCUCACUUUGACUCUCUCAAGAUUAGGAGUGUUCUGCAAACAGAAAGAUUUGUACUUUUACCCUGCUUGGGCUUACGCAGUACCUUCGAUUAUCUUGAAGAUACCUCUUUCGGUAUUUGAUUCGUUUCUUUGGACAUUACUGACAUAUUAUGUCAUUGGUUACAGCCCCGAGGUCGGAAGGUUCUUUCGGCAGUUCCUUAUCUUGUUUACAUUCAACAUUUCGUGUGUAUCAAUGUUUCGCGCUAUAGCCGCAAUCUGUCGCACAUAUGUUGCUUCCUCGAUCUCGGGAGCUAUUGCCGUAUUGGUUCUCUCAUCAUUUGGAGGCUUUGUUAUACCAAAAUCGUCCAUGCCUGCUUGGCUAGAAUGGGGAUUUUGGAUUUCUCCAUUGUCAUAUGCUGAGAUUGGUCUAACUGCGAAUGAAUUUUUUGCUCCACGGUGGAGAAAGGUAAUCUCUGGUAACACUACCGCUGGUGAACAAGUGUUAGAUGUCCGUGGAUUGAAUUUCGGUAGACACUCUUACUGGAUAGCUUUUGGAGCUUUAAUUGGGUUUAUAUUCUUCUUCAAUGCACUCUACGCAUUGGCCUUGACAUAUCUGAAUAAUCCACAAAGACCUCGUGCUAUUGUCUCUCAAGAGAAGCACUCUCAGCUCUCAGAUGAAGAUUUUAAACCUUGUCCUGAAAUUACGUCCCGAGCUAAAACAGGAAAAAUUAUCCUACCUUUCAAGCCUCUUACUGUCACAUUUCAAAACGUGCAGUAUCAUAUUGAGACUCCUCAAGGAAAGAAGCGGCAGCUUCUGUCUGACAUCACAGGCGCAUUGAAGCCCGGAGUUCUCACAUCUCUCAUGGGUGUAAGUGGAGCAGGGAAAACGACGCUUCUUGAUGUUCUUUCGGGAAGGAAAACCCGAGGUUUCGUCGAAGGAGAGAUUCGAGUAGGCGGUUAUCCUAAAGUUCAAGAAACGUUUGCAAGAGUAUCUGGUUACUGUGAACAGUUUGAUAUUCAUUCUCCCAACAUAACAGUGGAAGAGUCUUUGAAAUACUCUGCUUGGCUUCGACUUCCCUAUAACAUCGAUUCAAAGACCAAGAACGAGCUCGUCAGUGAAGUUCUUGAGACAGUAGAGCUUGAGGAUAUUAAAGACUCAAUGGUGGGACUUCCUGGAAUUAGCGGUUUAUCCACGGAACAACGCAAGAGGCUGACUAUAGCUGUGGAGCUUGUCGCUAACCCUUCCAUCAUAUUUAUGGAUGAGCCUACAACAGGACUAGAUGCAAGAGCCGCCGCCAUUGUUAUGAGAGCUGUGAAAAACGUUGCUGAAACUGGGAGAACGGUUGUUUGCACGAUCCAUCAGCCGAGCAUAGAUAUCUUUGAGUCGUUUGAUGAGCUGAUCUUGAUGAAAAAUGGAGGACAACUUGUCUACUAUGGUCCUCUUGGACAACAUUCAAGUAAAGUUAUCGAAUACUUUGAGAGCAUUCCUGGAGUUCCAAAGAUCCAAAAGAAUUGCAAUCCAGCCACUUGGAUGUUAGACAUCACUUGUAAAUCUGCAGAGGACAAACUUGGAAUUGAUUUUGCACAAGUAUACAAGGAUUCAACACUGUAUAAGGAGAACAAAAUGGUGGUUGAGCAACUGAGUGCUGCGUCUCCAGGAUCAGAACCUUUGAGCUUUCCUUCGCGGUUCUCGCAAACGGGUUGGGAACAACUAAAGACUUGCCUUUGGAAACAACACUGCUCGUAUUGGAGAAACCCUUCACACAAUCUCACUCGCAUAGUUUUCAUAUUUCUCAGCUCUACGUUAUGUGGCGUUCUCUUCUGGCAAAAAGCUAAAGACAUAAAUAAUCAGCAAGAUCUUUUCAGCAUAUUUGGCUCAAUGUACACUCUAGUAAUCUUCUCUGGGAUAAACAACUGUGCAACAGUGAUGAACUUCAUUGCAACUGAACGAAAUGUUUUCUACCGUGAAAGAUUUGCUCGGAUGUACUCGUCGUGGGCGUACUCAUUGUCUCAGAUUCUUGUUGAGGUUCCAUACUCACUACUCCAGGCUCUUCUAUGUACGAUAAUCGUAUAUCCGAUGAUCGGCUACCAAAUGUCGGUCUUCAAAAUGUUUUGGAGCUUGUACAGCAUCUUCUGCUCCUUGCUCAUUUUUAACUACUGUGGGAUGCUUAUGGUUGCUUUGAUGCCUAACAUUCACAUGGCACUGACUCUACGCUCUUCUUUUUUCUCCAUGGUUAAUCUGUUUGCUGGCUUUGUCAUUCCAAAACAAAAAAUCCCAAAAUGGUGGAUAUGGAUGUAUUACCUGAGCCCGACAUCAUGGGUGUUGGAAGGAUUACUGAGUUCGCAGUACGGAGAUGUAGAGAAAGAGAUCAUAGUGUUUGGAGAGAAGAAGAGUGUUUCAGCUUUCUUGGAGGAUUACUUUGGUUACAAACAUGAGUCAAUGGCUCUUGUAGCCUUUGUUCUCAUCGCUUUUCCCGUCACCGUAGCCUCUCUUUUUGCCUUCUUCAUGAGCAAACUCAAUUUCCAAAAGAAAUAG